CUUGGCACUGGCACACAUUCUCUGCAUGGUGUGGGAAUAAGCUCACCUUUUGGGGCCCAGAAAUGGCAAAAUCUAAAGAAAACCUGUUUAUGAGAUGCAAGAACCACGUUCAUGGAUUGCUGUUUGAUCCUAGUUUCUUGUGGAUGACGGCAGCGAUGCUCUGGCUGGCCGAAAUUGUUGUGAAUGUUCUUGUAAUUCAGAAAGUCAAGUAUACAGAGAUUGACUGGGAGGCAUACAUGGACGAAGUAGAAGGAGUAAUUAAUGGAACUUAUGACUACAUGAAAUUGAAGGGAGACACUGGACCACUUGUAUAUCCUGCAGGGUUUGUUUACAUCUUCUUGGGGAUGUAUUACAUCACUGACAAAGGCACAAACAUCCGAUUGGCACAGUAUAUUUUUGCUGGUCUCUACUUGGCAACUUUGCUGCUAGUCUUUAGAAUAUACAGCAGAACAAAAAAGGUUCCACCCUACGUCUUAUUUUUUAUGUGUUGUGCUUCCUACCGUAUUCAUUCCAUCUACAUUUUGAGGAUGUUCAACGAUCCUGUUGCCAUGUUCUUCCUUUACCUCUCAAUCAACCUCUUCCUAGAUGGAAGAUGGAAUUGGGGAUGCUUUUGGUUCAGUGUCGGUGUGUCGGUCAAGAUGAAUAUCCUUCUCUUCUCUCCAGCUCUUCUUCUCCUUCUGUUGACAGAGUUUGGCUUCUGGGCAACCAUCCCAAGACUCUUCAUAUGUGCAUUCUUACAGUUCGUUGUGGCAAUUCCUUUCCUUCGUGAGAAUCCAGCAGGCUACAUCAUCCGUUCCUUUGACCUGGGUCGUCAGUUCUUCUUCAAGUGGACGGUCAACUGGAGAUUUUUAUCCGAGGAGUUUUUCCUGAAUCGUUACUUCCAGAUCUCACUCCUGGCUAUGCAUGUGGUGCUUUUAGCAUUAUUUGUCAUACAUAGGUGGAACAGGAGGCGAGGUGGAAUCCUUGCUCUUUUGCCAAAGCCACGGAAGGAGGAACGAUUUGUUAUGGGAGAUAACUAUAUUGUUAGUACCCUCUUUGCUGCCAAUUUCAUUGGUGUGGCCUUAAGUCGAUCUCUGCAUUACCAGUUUUAUGUCUGGUAUUUCCACACAUUACCCUAUCUACUGUGGACCACCAAUUUACCCUCUGUCAUCCGCAUUUUAAUUCUCGGCAUCAUUGAGUUGUGUUGGAAUACCUACCCUUCCACCUUGCUAAGUUCUGCCGCUCUCCACAUCUGCCAUGUGGUUAUCCUCUUUGCUUUGUGGCUAAAACGACCAAUCACCAAAGAGGAUUUAGUUCAGGAGAGUUGGAAAUCAAAAUGACCCCCGAACUGCCAGGUACUGUGUAGUAUCUCUACUGGUGCUAUUUUAAGAGAAAUAUACUGAUGUAAUACUUUGAAUAUUAAUGGUGCAACUCUGUAGAGCAAGGCGUAAUUUCUAAGUCACGCUUCAUAAGAAUGUAUCUCAUUUUCUCACAUAAACAGAAAAAAAGCGCAAGCAAAUGUUUUGUGUUUUCUAAGAAAGUAACUUAAAUUGUGCAGUCUGUACUGAAGCUCUCUGUUGUCUGACCUGGUGGUUGACGUUUGAGUUUCAGACAUUUUGUGUCUGUAAAAAAGACACAGCUCUCAUUUUAUAUUUGUCAUAGCGCCCUCUCGACAUGAUUAUGAUCACUUCAGCUUUAGCAAGAUUUUGCUGGUUUGGAGAUAUUUUAUCUGCAUCUUUAUUGCUCCUGCAUUACUUAAGUCAUCACCUGAUGUGUCUUCAAAACGGAGGCAGGAUUGACGAUUCCUGAUAGAGUUAAACUCCUUCGAUCUCAGGGAGGAUACUGUCCGUUAGACCUUUCAUGACAGUCUGUGUUCCUUUAAACUUUUGUCUUGCUGUUCAUAAAGAUUCCCACUAAGUACUAGACUUGUCUCUACAAAGCUCAGUAUUGAUAUGUACAUGUAUUUGGCAUUGAAGUUAACUGACUCACUGGUAGAUCAAUUGCUUGAUGGAUCCUCACCAUAGUUUGAUUGAUUGGCUGUUGACUGGUUUCUUGGUUGGUUGGCUCAUUGAAUUAUUAGUUGCUUGUUCAACUGAUUGAUUGGUUAAUUGAUUGGUUGAUUCAUUGACUUGAAUCAUGGGUUGACUGAUUUUUUAUGAUUGGUUAACUGAGUGGUUGGUUGAUAGGUUAAUCAACUGAUUUUUUUGCCAUUUCUAAGACUUAACACACAUCAACAAGCAUUUUCUUAAAAAUAUGCUUCAAAUUAAUAUUACAACAUUAUUGACAAAAGAAAUGGUCUGCGAAGACAGUUUCUUCAAUUAUUGAAUUAUUGGUUGAUUGGUUAACCAAUUGAUUGGUUAAUUGAUUGCUUGAUUGAUAAACUGAUUGCACAGUUUUCAGACAGUUACCGACAUUACCAACAGUUUGUGUACAAACACUUCCUUACAAGUGAAAACCAAUUAAACAUAAAUCCAUUUAUAUAGAAAAUGGCCUGCAAAGUUGAAAACAAUUAGAAGGUACACAUAACAGUAACCGAGGAGAUCAUCGACACCAAAACAACCAAUAAAAUUACAACAAUUAAUUCUAUAACACAAAGACAUGCAGGACAAGAAGAAAGAUAGUUUGAACAUUUUUAAAACCAGUUAAUACAUUGCUUAAAACAAGUCUCUUCAAAGAUCAAACUGCUCAAUAACCAUUUAUACAAUGUUCCUAUUAUUCUUAAUAUAUGUAGAUUGAUCUCCACUGUUUUAUGAGAAUGAUUUGAAUGAUGUUCAAGUCUUGUCAUGUCUUACCCAGAUCCUUAAGAUCGUCCUUUGCCAUCUGUGAACGAGAUGGUCGAGUUUAACUCGUUGACAUCAAUUUGGGGCGUUAACAUGUCCAAAAGUCCUCUUCGCCAUGUUCGCCUAUUUCCUGCGGUACACCUGACGUACUGAAAAAUCCAGAGUAAUUGAAUGAGUCUGUCGUGUGGAAGAAAUUCCUUUAUUUUGUCUGCAUUAAUGUACAUGUUUAACUGGAGACUAACAGUGCCUUCUACUGACGAACUGUCAAAGUGACAUCAUGUUUUCUGUAGGUCUUUGUGGUGUUUGAGGUCCUCUUAGGAAAUAUGCUUGUAGCUUACCUUCUGUAACCUUCCUUCAAUGAUAUUGUUCAUGCUUCAGUGACCCUAUAAAAUAUUUUUCUGUCUUCAUGUCCUUCGUGUCUUGUCAAGACAGGUGUACUUGCUUCAUUACACAUGGAGCAGUUGUUUAAAAUGACAUUAGAAUGACUCUCCCUGUGCUUAUUCCAGCACAUUUGUUCACGAUUUGUGUUUUUGAAGCUUCAGAGCUUGUCUCAUCUGUCUGCAUUUCCUCGCUGCAUUUUUCUGCCUUGCAUGUAAGGUGUCAUUAAAUGAUGAUUGGAGUCACCUGAUAUGAAAUUGACUAAAGAAACAAGUGAGCAGUUGCUACAGCAAAUUACUCACCUAUCUUUGUUUAAUGAUAGGUUGCCCCAGUGGAAUGGCCCGUUGCAUUUUCAAACUAUUCCGGUUCUUUUCAUUCAAAUAGGAAAACAAUUUACCAGCGAUGCUACAAGUGACAUGGUAUCAUCUUGGAUUUAUUGUCACAUACUGUAUCGCAAAAUACACAUUAAUGAAAACAAAACCUUUCGCCAAGUAAGCCAAGACGCCUGUUUAAAUUAGCAUACAAAAUAAAUUGUGAUAGAGUUUAUCGUGUAUAUGCUCAUCUUCAAAAAAUAAACGUAUUUGCAAAAAAAUGUGCUCAUUUAAAGUUAUAUACUGAAGAACUCUUUCAUCGUGUAGAAGUGAAACAUCAUACAUGUACAUGGAUAACACGAUCUGCUUCUUUAUUGAAAUUGGAAGGAAAAACGACUGUAACGCUAGAUGUUUGUAUAACAAAUUGAAUCAAUUAGCAGGCAACAGUUGUAGGCCUUAUGACCGUAAUAUGACGAUUUAAGAAAUAGGCAUUUUAUUUGUUACAGUUACGAUGGUAAUUGCACGAUUAAUUCAAACAGAACCAAGCAACAAUGCACAGUUGAAUAGUGUUUCUGAGCCAUCUUGCAGCUCCAUAAGAAUGCUAUGUUGUGUUUACAGUAAUAAACAUUUAUGCUAUCGUAAUUCAACUCUCUGUUCUCUUGAACGCCAAAUGUUUUAGUAACUAGUCAUGCAGGAUUAUUCUGAGGGCUUUUCUUAACAAUUACAAGCAUAUCUUUGUUUCUUGGUAUUUCUUCGACAUCUGUAAAACCAUUUAUACGUUGUACCCUUUUAUCAUAAAGCAUAGAUAUUUAGAAAAGCUACCGGUAAAUCUCAAACAGAAAUGAAAAAUAGUUUAUUUCUCCCCCAAGGUUGAAUUUUAGUUGCACUGUGGAAGGCAGUAUCGAUAUAACUGGUAUUUUCUUCAGGUCCACCUCACAAACAUCUUUUUUACUUAGUCGUAAAAGGCCAGAAAAUUCCUUACACGGUACAAGUUAAGUUACUGAUAUUUUGCCUGCCACCCAAAUUUACCAUUAGAGGGCGCUGUUCUUUUUGUUUUUAUUGGUUGGUUUUUUUUUAAAAUCAUAUCAUUGCAAUUAGUUGAGUCGUUUGCAAGAGGUAAAAGUGAUACCUUCAUUUCCCGGCUUAGAUUUCCCACAUGUGGUUGUCUCUUAACUUUCUUUUCAUAUUGCAUUGAGAAAUCACACUGAAGAACCGUACUGAGCUUCUGCCUGCCUGUCUGAUUUAAGUCAAAUUAGGGCGUUUCUCAUGUGAACGUUAAUUGUUCAAUAAAAGAAAGAAAAGUAACAAAUGUAUUUCAUACAAA